AUGACUGGAUUUGCGAGUGUGAAGAAGAAGAGAAAUGAGGUUGAAGGGUUUUGUUAUGGAAAAAUCAAAUUGGGAUCCAGAUCGACAUUUCGCGUCUCUCUCUUGUUCUCUCUGGCGGCGAUCGAAACGGAGAUUUUGCUCUCACCGUCGCAUCUCCUCCGUGACCGUUGUCCCGUCGACGAACCUCCUUCCAAGUCGUCUCCGUCGACGAAUCUCCUCCCACGUCGUCUCUUCUCGACCAAUCUCCUCCCAAGUCGUCUCCUCUCGACGGCACAUCUCCUUCGUCACCGUUGUCCAGAUCAACGAACCUCCUCCCAAGUCGUCUCCGUCGACGAUUCUCCUCCCACGUCGUCUCUUCUCGACGAAUCUCCUCCCAAGUCGUCUCCUCUCGACGGAUUUCAUCCCGAGGCAUCUCUCUGCGAUUGGAAGGUGAAAGGGUUAUUAGGUGAGGUGAGGUUCGACCACCAGGAUUGUAUUAGCAAGGAGAUCGAAGAGAAACAACCAUUUCCUCCACAAUUUAAGUUCUCGGAUUACAAAUGGGUCUUGAUUACAGCUACUCACAACCUUCACAGGAUGAGACGUUUGGUGGGGCAGAGACGGACAGUGACUACAAUGAAGUCGAAUCUCUCAUUCAGCAAGACCAAGCUCAGUUACGCGAAGCUCUCAUUCACCAACAGGAAACUCUCGUUGAGCAAGACCAAGCCCCUGCGUUUGUGUACCCUCCGCAGCCGGAGGUUGAAUUCGGAUUUCCACAGAUCUGCUACUGUGGAAGUGAACCGAAGAUUGCUACGUCUAGCAUCGAACCAGGUCGCCGAUACUACACAUGUAGAAAUGCAAACGAUGGAGAGUGUCAUGUGUGGAAAUGGUGGGACGAGGCUGUAAUGGAGGAGAUGCGAGCUAGGGAUAGACACACACUUCAGUUAGCCGAGAAGGUAGAUUCUAUGACAUUCUUCAAUGACCACGUUAAUGAGCAGAAGCUCGUUAGAUUAGAGAACAUGGUGUGUGAGUUGGCCAAGAAUAAAUCAAAGUGUAGCGUAGAGUACUUAGUUGCGGUUAUGGUUAUGGUCUUUAUUUCCAUAGGUCUCAUCAUCGUAUUUGUCUAAUGUGUUUAUGGUUAUGGGAACUUCUUUGUAAUGACUUCUUAUUAUGUUUCUGAUGUUAUGGUUGUGGAACGUCUAAUGAACUUUUUUUUAUAAUAACUUUUUUGUAAUGACUCGUAA